UUACUGAAAUCAGUCAGUGCGAGUCAGAGGCGCGUGCAGUGCAGUCGUCGAUCUAACCUAACCUAUACACAAUACAAGAGCAAACGACGAGACAAGAUCACAAUCGAAAAAAAAAACGGAAAGGGGGUUAGAAGCAGGACGGCUCCACUCUGCACGAAGGGCGCGCAUACAUACCUACCGUAGGGACGAGCAUCGACGGUGGACGCUCGCGUUUUAUUAUUAUUUCCCCCUGUCGUUACGUUUUCGUUUGUAUCCGAAACAUAUUACUGCUUCGUCCUCUGCAGAAAUUUUGUUAGAUAGAGAGACAGAGAGAGAAGUGUACGGAUCUCUCUUUGUCCAUUUUAUGUGCAUGUGCUCGUCUUCUGAUCAUUCACAAUAACUUCCUCUCCCAGAUACGAGAGGAGGUAGCCUUUUUGGGAGAACCCGAGGUCCUUCGUCCGUGUCGUCGGCUUCUCACGCGUUAUCCUCUCCCAUCCGUUUGCGCUGCUGUUCAUACAAAGAGAGUAGAGUACGUGACGUCUGGAGGGCAACGCGGUUAGAUCGAGCGGAGUGUGGGAUAAAGCGCGCGGCGCGCCUAGAAGCGAACGAACAAUCGUCUGGAUAAGAGUCCCAGCUGAGCAGCAACCCUCCUACAGCUACUGCUGAUACUCGUUCGUCCUCCGUCGAGUCCUGGUGGUAUGCGUUCGGUUUUGCCGCAGCAGUAGACGCAGAGAAAACUUCGCGUAACGCGCGGAGGUGCGGUGUUAGCUGGAGGAGAAGAGCUGGUGGUGCAACGUUUGAUGGCUGUGGUCGGGCCGAGCCGCCACUCGAGAGGAGGGUCGAUGUCUGUCUCGAUGUCCCUUAUGCAGGGUGCGGCGGGACCCACGGCCGGUGCCCAACAGGGCGGCCUCCACGCUGCUCAACCUUAUUACCAUCCCCAGCAUGCUGCUGCUCCUGCUCACACCCAAGAGCAAGUGCAGCCGGAUAGACCGAUCGGCUAUGGUGCUUUUGGUGUUGUUUGGGCUGUAACGGAUCCACGUGAUGGACGUCGCGUCGCCCUCAAGAAGUUGCCGAAUGUGUUCCAAUCCUUGGUGUCCUCCAAAAGAGUAUUCAGGGAACUGAAAAUGCUGUGCUUCUUCAAGCACGAAAAUGUGUUAUCAGCCUUGGAUAUUCUGCAACCUCCGCACUUAGACUUCUUCCAAGAAAUAUACGUUAUAACAGAACUCUUGCAGAGCGAUCUUCACAAGAUCAUCGUUUCCCAUCAGCCACUUUCUUCGGACCACAUCAAAGUAUUCAUGUACCAAAUUCUCAGAGGACUGAAAUAUAUACAUUCUGCCAGGAUAUUGCAUAGAGACAUAAAACCAGGAAACCUCCUUGUCAAUAGUAAUUGUGUUCUUAAGAUUUGUGAUUUCGGAUUAGCGCGCGUCGAGGAACCCGACUCCUCGAAGCACAUGACCCAAGAGGUCGUGACUCAGUACUACAGAGCCCCGGAGAUCCUCAUGGGCGCUCGCCACUACACUGCCGCCGUGGACGUAUGGUCGGUGGGCUGUAUUUUCGGUGAGCUUCUGGGUCGAAGGAUCCUGUUCCAGGCCCAGAAUCCCAUCCAGCAGUUAGAGCUGAUCACCGAGCUGCUGGGAACGCCGUCGCUGACGGAUAUGAGGUACGCGUGCGAAGGUGCCAAAACCCACAUGCUCAACAGGGCCCAGAAGCCUUCAUCCCUUACUGCCUUGUACACCCUCUCGAAUCAGGCGACACCGGAAGUCGUCCAUCUCCUAUGCCAGAUGCUCGUCUUCGAUCCCGACAAGAGGAUGACCGUCGUCGAAGCGCUCGCUCAUCCUUACCUGGAUGAGGGUCGACUCAGGUACCAUUCCUGCAUGUGCAAAUGUUGUUACACAACGAACAGCGGAAUGAGGCAGUACACGACCGAGUUCGAGACUACCGCUCCUCAACCCUUCGAUGACCGCUGGGAACGGAAGCUGACGUCCGUGCGCCAGGUGAAAGAGGAGAUGCACAAAUUCAUUGCGGAGCAAUUGAACACGAGUAGAGUGCCACUUUGUAUAAAUCCGCAGUCAGCUGCAUUCAAGAGUUUCGCCAGUUCGUCAGUGGCACAUCCGUCGGCUCCAACCGUCGCCUCACCAAUGGGACUGACCCUGGUCACUAGGACUACGUAGAUAAGCAUAAACAAAAAUAUAGCAGACAAGACAAGACAAUUUUUACUACCAUUUUUUACAAAUAUAUAUAAUUAUUUAUAUAUAUUUACAAUUUCUUUAAUAAUCAGCUCUCUAUGAACAUAUAGAUAUGUAUUAAAAAUGCUUGAAAAUGUCAGGCGAAUCAACCAAAACUGUACCGAAAGUGUCUCGAGUGGUGGAUGGAAGGAUGAAGGAGAGGAGGAUCAGUUUGCAACAGGAGAAGUACACCAAAUAUUUUUUCAUUCAGGGAUUCUUAUGCAAUGCAAAUUUAAAACACUUGUGGACAAUCUUGCGCUGCGCUUUAUAAUUAAAAGAAAUAACAUUUAAAAAAAAAACGUAUUCAAAUUACGUAACGGAACGUCGAGUGCUGUUUAUCCGGGAUUAAUUUAGUCGGGAGAUUUUAAAUUAAAUUAAAGUAGAGAUCUGCGCUAGCUGUGAAAAA